CCCUGGGGUUCCUUCCUCAGUCGGUUCCUGGGAUCCAUCAUUACGUUAUGACACUCACCUGGACUCCAUAACCUCCCUCCCUGGGGUUCCUUCCUCAGUCGGUUCCUGGGAUCCAUCAUUAUGUUAUGACACUCACCUGGACUCCAUUACCUCCCUCCCUGGGGUUCCUUCCUCAGUCGGUUCCUGGGAUCCAUCAUUACGUUAUGACACUCACCUGGACUCCAUUACCUCCUUCCCUGGGGUUCCUUCCUCAGUCGGCUCCUGAGAUCCAUCAUUAUGUUAUGACACUCACCUGGACUCCAUUACCUCCCUCCCUGGGGUUCCUUCCUCAGUCGGUUCCUGGGAUCCAUCAUUACGUUAUGACACUCACCUGGACUCCAUUACCUCCCUCCCUGGGGUUCCUUCCUCAGUCGGUUCCUGGGAUCCAUCAUUACGUUAUGACACUCACCUAGACUCCAUUACCUCCCUCCCUGGGGUUCCUUCCUCAGUCGGUUCCUGUGUUCAUGCGUUAUCGUCACUGUUGUUGUCGUCUCGUUUUGUGUUUGUUGAUGUCUUAUUAAACGUGAUAUGGGUUGGUUUUGAUAAGCCAAUAGGUUCAACUUCAAGCUGGUGUGAUUUGGGUUGGUUUUGAUAAGCCAAUAGGUUCAACUUCAAGCUGGUGUGAUUUGGGUUGGUUUUGAUAAGCCAGUAGGUUCAACUUCAAUGUGGUGUGAUUUGGGUUGGUUUUGAUAAGCCAAUAGGUUCAACUUCAAGCUGGUGUGAUUUGGGUUGGUUUUGAUAAACCAAUAGGUUCAACCUCAAUGUGGUGUGAUUUGGGUUGGUUUUGAUAAGCCAGUAGGUUCAACUUCAAGCUGGUGUGAUCUGGGUUGGUUUUGAUAAGCCAAUAGGUUCAACUUCAAACUGGUGUGAUUUGGGUUGGUUUUGAUAAGCCAAUAGGUUCAACUUCAAGCUGGUGUGAUUUGGGUUGGUUUUGAUAAGCCAAUAGGUUCAACUUCAAGCUGGUGUGAUUUGAGUAAUAAUAGGUUUAUAUAUUCCAGUAAACUACAGCAUCGAGAAGGUCUAGGGGCUUUGUUUAUGUUCUAUUGAUGUUGCAGUGUUACUUCCUACUUCCUGUUUCUUCUGCUUAGGGGGAAAUGUAAUUUAUUUAUUACAAAGCUAAAAGUUUAAAAACCAAAUAGUCAAGUUGUCUAAUUAAUUAUACAUUCAACCCAAUAAGAAGAAGAGAAUAGAGAAAUGUCAUGAUUUAAAUUCAGACAGUUAGAAUAUAAAAUAAUAGAAUAGAACGGUCCUAUAUUGAUAGGAGAGAUAAGUAGCACCAGUGACGGUCCGUCUGUCAUGCCCUGGUCUUAGUAUUUUGGGUUUUCGUCUUGCGUUUGUGGCACCAGAUAGGACUGUUUCGGUUUUUUCACAUUUCUUGUUUUGUAGAUUGUUGUAUUUUCAUAUUUAUUAAAGAUGUUUACCAGUAACCACGCUGCAUUUUGGUCCGCCUCACUUUCCCCAGAAGAAAACCGUUACAGAAUCACCCAACAACCAAGGACCAAGCGGCGUGGUAAACAGAGGCAGCAACAACAGCAGCAGCAGGAGAAGCAACAGCAGCAGCAAAAGCAGCAGCAGGAGGAGCUAGCACGGCAGAGCGGCUGGAAGCCCGAGGCAACCCCAAAAAAUUAUUGGGGGGAGGCACAGGGAGAGUGUGGCAGAGUCAGGAGUCAGACCUGAGCCAACUCCCCCUGUUUACAGUAAGGAGUCAUGGAUGGAAUUGGAGCUGUCGGCGAAGCUGAGUGCUGAGUCUGAGAGUGUUGAGGAUGUAUUGGACAGAAUAGAGAGAAGGCUGUUGGUUUGGCAUAGUAUGCAAGGCAUUCGCCCUGAGGUGCUAAUCCCCAGCCCGGUAUCACCAGUGCCGUCACCCCGCACCAGGCUGUCUCUCCGUCCCAUCAACACAGGUGCUCCCUCCUGUCCGGCGCUACCGGAGUUUCCACCCCUCAGUCCAGAGGCGCCAGAGCCCCUCAGUCCAGAGGCGCCAGAGCCCCUCAGUCCAGAGGCGCCAGAGCCCCUCAGUCCAGAGGCGCCAGAGCCCCUCAGUCCAGAGCCACCAGAACCCCUCAGUCCAGCACUGCCAGAGCUCCCGCCUCUCAGUCCAGAGGCGUCAGAGCCCCUCAGUCCAGAGGCGCCAGAGCGCCUCAGUCCAGCGCUGCCGGAGCCCCUCAGUCCAGCGUUGCCGGAGCUUCCCGUCUGCCCAGCGCCAUCAGCGCCACCUGAGCCACCCGUCUGCCCAGCGCCGCCUGAGCCACCCGUCUGCCCAGCGCCGCCAGUGCCGUGGGGUCCAGUCCAGUGGGGCCCUUGGUGAGGGUUACUAGGCCCAGGUCGGCGGUGACGGUCGCCAAUCAAAGGACGCGAUGCAUGCGGACUAAGACUUUGUUAGAGUGGGGUCCACGUCCAGCGCAGGAGCCGCCACCAUGGACAGACGCCCACCCGGACCCUCCCCUAUGGGUUUUGGUGUGCGGCCUGGAGUCCGCACCUUGGGGGGGGGGGUUCUGUCACGCCCUGGUCUUAGUAUUUUGUGUUUUCUUUAUUAUUUUGGUCAGGCCAGGGUGUGACAUGGGUUUAUUAUGUGGUGUGUUUUGUCUUGGGGUUUUUGUAGGUAUUGGGAUUUUUGUAGGUAUUGGGAUUGUGGCUUAGUGGGGUUUUCUAGCAAUGUCUAUGGCUGUCUGAUAUGGUUCUCAAUCAGAGGCAGGUGUUUAUCGUUGUCUCUGAUUGGGAACCAUAUUUAGGCAGCCAUAUGCUUUGAGUGUUUCGUGGGUGAUUGUUCCUGUCUUUGUGUUUGUGGCACAAGAUAGGACUGUUUCGUUUUUUUCAUGUUUCUUGUUUUGUAGAUUGUUGUAUUUUCAUCUUUAUUAAAGAUGUACAA